UCUGGUGCAGUAAAAAUUGUACCGUUAAUGUUAUAUAAGAUGGAUUGUUAUUCUGCUAUUUUCUAAACAUAGGUGGUGAACAUAUGGCGGGUUCGUCUUCAGGUCGUACGUUAUUGAGCUCUUGGUGGAUAUUUUGCAUAAUUAUGAUGGCUACAUACACCGGUAACCUCGUGGCCUUCCUUACUGUAACCAAAGAAAAGCUGCCUUUCUCUGAUAUUGCCGGACUUGUAGAACAAGGCAAUUAUAGAUGGGGAACACAAGAAGGAACUGUCUUUGAAACGAUUUUCAAGGCAUCCACUCGACCAGAUUAUGUUAAGUUUUGGAAGGGAGUGGUUUCCUAUAAUAAAACGAAACCAAGUAUACUGAGUGCAAACGGAGAUGUUCAAGUACGACUUGUAAUGGAGGGAGAUUAUGCAUAUGUUGGUGACAAAACUCACAUUGAAUUAACUAUGGUUAAUAAUUGUCAUCUGACGAUGGCUUUAUCGGAUAUUGUUUCAAUGCAAUACGCAAUAGCACUUCCUAACAAAUCUCCAUUCACAAAGAUUUUUUCUGAUGAAAUGACGGCCAUUUUUGGGAAUGGACUAUUUCAGUUGUGGAAGUUAAAACACUGGCCGAAACAUGGAAUUUGCAACAAUAUUGCACGCAAAGAAUCUACACCAAUAACUCUCAUUGAUAUACAUAGUUCAUUUUACGUUAUAGCCAUUGGUGUUUUCAUCGCUUCUAGUUUUCUUAUAUGUGAAUGUUUUAAAUGGAAAUACCACAACAGGAGAUUGAUGCAAGACAAAGCAAAUCAAGCAGCACAUGAAACUGAACUUGUUAAGAUGAAAUCAAAUGUAGAAGAAUCUAUGUUAUACUAA